CUGAGCACAGUGUGCACUGUGUGCGGAGCAUAGCAGCAAAUUGGCACGGAUCCGUCUGGUCCUGUUGCAAGUGAUUGUCGCCUUUGAUAAAAUGAUACCGUUUCCUUCACGAAGUUACCGCCAACGCCAUGGCAAGGUCGUCCUGUUUUUUCACCUUUUCUUUCAUAUUACAGGGUUGUUGGCCAGUCAGGUGAUCGUGCCCCCAAGCGUGAGCGCCGUGCUCGGGAAGAACUUGACAUUAGAGUGCAGGGUGGACGUGGCAUCCAACCUCACUCUCACUCAGAGCUCUUGGGAACGUCGUCUACCGUCUGGCUCGGUCACCGUGGCCGUCUACAACCCGCGCUAUGGCAUCUCCAUCUCUCCGGAGUUCAUCCAUCGCUUGUAUUUCCGCUCACCCUCCUCCUACGAUGCCACUAUUGUACUGGAGAAUGUGGGCUUUGCUGACAUGGGCAUGUACACCUGUAAGGUGGCUACAUUCCCACUAGGGAACACCCAAGCCUCAACUACUGUCAGUGUACUCGUGGAGCCGAAGGUCUACGUUUCUGCAGGCUCAAUAGCACUAAUAGAUGGGGGCAAUGAGACCGUUGUGGCCACUUGUAUUGCCGAGCGAGCCCGGCCCCCCGCCGAAGUGUCCUGGGAGUCCAACCUUUUCGGCCAGUCAGAGGUCCAGCUCUUUGACGACGUUAACGGCACGACAACGACACAAGUGCGCUACCUUUGGCAGCCCACACGUCAUGUCCAGGGUCACACACUCGCUUGUGUUGUCCGCCACCCGGCCCUGCUGAACGACUUCAGGAUCCCCUACCAGCUUAAUGUGCAGUUUGCUCCUGACAUCUCGGUGGUGGGGUAUGAUGGAGACUGGUACGUGGGCCGAGACAAUGUUGAAAUGACAUGCAAAGCCAACGCAAACCCACCAGCUCAUCACUUCAGAUGGAUCAGGCUGGACAGUGACAUGCCAGAAGGUGUGGAAAUCAUGAACAGCACACUGAUUUUCCUGCGUCCCCUCCAGCGGAACGACUCCGGAGUUUACAGAUGCGAGGUUGCCAAUGACAUCAACCUCCGCAGUCGGGAUGUGCGCAUACUCAUACAAGACCAGUCUCAGGCUCAGAGGUCAAACUCCAUCGCUGUUGCCGGGGCAGUGAUAGGCGCUGUCCUCGCUCUCUUCCUCAUCACAGUCUUCAUCAUCGUCCUCGUCACCGCCCGAAAGGCCCCGCCACCGGCCUUUUCAGACAAAGUAAUCGACCUUCCUCCGACACACAAGCCUCCUCCUCCCUACUCUGAGAGAGCCCCCGCUGUUCCUCUAGGGGUCCAUGCAUCUCAGGUGGCCUGGCUGUGUCAGAGCCGCAGGGCCGAGCAAAGGUCCGAGGCGACCGAGAGGCAGCAACCUCCGAAAGCGAGGCUGGGACCACCGGGGGCACAAAGCCCCAUACAGCAGCUGUCCAGCCUGGAGUGGGUUUGUCACCAGAGUGGGACAGAACGAGUGUACAUCAACCACCGUGAACAUUAUGUGUGAUGUACAUGACAGCGCUCACUUUGAGCACACAUCAAGCGCUCAGAGGACAGUCUCCCUUUGGUAGAUAUUUUAACAUAAAAAUACACUGUAAAAUGCUCACACUCUGAAAAGAAUAGUUUUACAGUUCAUUUUUGGGGGGUUAAGUGUUUAUUUACUUCUACAAGUAUUAAUGCACAUCCAUGGCUGUGUAUUGAAUAUGGUCCUCCAGCCAGUUUAGGUUAUGCUACAUUCAAGACUGCUUGAGAAGUAGGAAAUCUCCAAGUUGCACGUUUGAGGAUGCAACCUGAAACAAAAAACAUGACCGACAACCACAAUAAGCUAAAGUUUAUGUUGUGAGAAGAUUGUUUCCAGCUCUGACUACAAAGUUAAUCCAUUUUGGGAGCCUUUGGUAAAGUCAUUGUAUAUUUGUGUAUGACUUCCCAGUUUUCAGGAAUGUAGCAUUAGAUUAGCCUAGCUUAGUUUAGCAAAUAUACCUGACUUUGUUGGUGGUUUACUGUUUUCAAGGCAAUAACAAAACUCAGUUUACUGAGAGGUGAAGAUAUAGUCGCAAAAAGAUUGUGGUAAGAAUUGUCUUUAUUUUAAGGAAGGGUGAAUUAAUGAAUUAGCCAAGAUGCCAUGAUGGGUGCCUAGCUAGCUGUUUCUGCUUUUUAGUCAUUAAACAAAGCUAGCAUAGCUUUGAAUACAACCUUGAAAGUGCUUAUAAGCUUCUCAGCCAGUGUGGCGCAGAAAAGUGAGCCUUUUACUUAUUUAUCCAUGCUGUUUGGCAAAUGUUCCGUGUUCAUCGGUAUUUUUUGACUAAUACAGUGGGACCUGCCAACCCAUCGAUUUCAAACAACUCAUCCCUGAGGAAGAGCUGUAAAAGCAGGGGUGUCCAAAGUGCGGCCCAGGGGCCAUUGCCUCGUUUUUUCUUGCAAUACAGUUUAAAUAAUGAAUAAAACAUUUUUGACAAGCAAAAAUGGGUAAAAUACAGACAAGAACAACAUGUUGAUCUUAAAAACUAUUAAUAACACAGAGCUUAAACAUGUAUCACUUUUUUUUUUUUGCCUUUUUACAAAAUAAAAAAAUGUAGCAAAAAGUACACCCCAUGCGCAAUCCUUACAUUAUUUAAAUUAGGGUGGCGGGGCUACUCAUUUUCAAGGCCGGCAGGUCUGAAAAUGCCAAGAACUGUGUUAAUUCAUAAUCCAAUAUGUGUAUCAUAUAUAAGCUGAUGUAAAAGACCAUAACAUUACCGCAUAUUCAUGCAUAUCACCACACCAAAACACACAAACUAUUGAGGUCCGUGGAGACCAUCUCGACUGACUGUGAUGCAGACUGUGAAGGGAUUCGUUAGAGGAUAAAAUGUUCAUUGUUUUUUGUGUUUUAUGUUUUUUUGACACAGCACAGCUUAGUAGAAAACUGCAGAUGUUGGUGUUACGCACUAAUCAGGGGGAACUUUUGACACUGUGCCAGUUUUUUUAAUGCACAGAAAUGUGCUUGUUUUGUCGAGGUUGCACGUUCAGAAGGUUGUGGUAUAUUUGAUGUCCUGACAACAACACUUUUACUUUUGAAGACGCUACAGUCACUGGCAAUGUCGUGGUUCACUUGGCUGGCUUUCAUUCAAAUAGUGUUUGAUCAAUUCCCACUGAAUGAAUGAAUGAAAAAUCCUCUAUAUACUGUUUAGUCCAGUGGUCCCCAACCCCCGGGCCGUGGGUCAUUUGGUACCGGGCCGCACAGAAAGAAAAAAUAAUUUACAUUAUUUCAUUUUUUUAAUGUUUUAUUUUGAAAAGUGGCCGGAUUCUCUCUGUUACAUCCGUCUCACUUGACGCAUGUCCAUUGUGCGUGUGCUAACUUUAUCUCAUGCCGCACAGAUAAACUACUACUGUAUUUUUACCAUUUUUCUUUCACCUCAUAUUUGGUGUCAAAUGCUGAUACUAUGUGGGAAUGCAUAAAGGUAAGUUUUGAUGACUUAUUGAGUGCUAAUGUGCACAUUUAUCUCAAGUUAAUUCAUGCUAGCACACUGCCUGUUACCACACACGUCAAACAGCCAUGUAAUCAUCUCUCUGGAAAAACUUGGCUGGAACUGGUGGAUGGUGGGUCGGCAUUCAUUUUGUGCUUUUAAUUUGUGUUAGUUUUACACAAUACAUCAUAAAUAAUAUAAAUUAGAUCGCUAUAAUGUACGAAACACCCCCCAACCAAAAUUUGUGGGAACACAAGCCGGUCCGUGGGUCAAAAAAGGUUGGGGACCACUUGUUUAGUCAAUAAUAUUGGGACAAAUAGCCAUCACGCCUACAGGAAGUGAAAGAUGGUAUCCUUUGCUGCGAUUACACUUUGAGGGGUGUGUGUGUGUCUGUUUCACUGUACUUUAGUCCAUCCACUUUUCAUUGGCAUGUAUAAGAAGAGUUCCAGCGCUACACAAUGAAAUAAGAAAGUAAAAUCCAUCAUCAUACGAGAGAGGUUUUUUCUAGCUGUAAAGAAAGUGUGAUGAAAAUUCGUUUUGAAGGUGAGAGCUGCAUUAUAUCCACUUUGAUUGACAAGGCUGAAUUGAUUGUGAGGGAACACGGUGUGCAAAUGAGGCAGAGUUUGUGACUGAGGUCUCGCCAAAGGCACUUCGUAAUGGCACAGCACUCAUACUCAACAUGACUGUCGACAUCGGCGUUAUCCAAACUUUUUACACCGAGGGCCCCGUACGAUGUGGUGGGAGGGAACUUUGAUAUUAUUUUUGUAUUAUUUUGUAAAGAGACUAAAAAAACGUAAGGAUGCAUGGUGGCCACACAGUCAGAAGAUCAGGAAGAUCUUGGUUCAAAUCUCCAUUGGGUAUUUCUGUGUGGAGGUUACAUGUUCUCCCCGUGCGUGUGUGGGUUUUCUCCGGGUACUCCGAUUUCCUCCCACAUUCCACAAACAUGCAUGUUAGGUUCAUUGGAGACUCUAAAUUGUCCAUAGGUAUGAAUGUGAGUGUGAAUGGUUGUUUGUCUAUAUGUGCCCUGCGAUUGGCUGGCGACCAGUCCAGGGUGUACCCCGCCUCUCGCCCGAAGUCAGCUGGGAUAGGCUCCAGCAUACCUUUGACCCUAGUAAGAAUAAACAGCAUAGAAGAUGUAUAUAUUUAAAGACAAAUCUUUGUGUUGUUAUUCGUUAUGAGUUUUAUGACAUUUUUGCUCAGUGUUUCUCAUUUUAAUUUUAUUUCUACAAUGUGCCGCAGGCCAAUUGAAAAAUCCGCACGUCCCCCGGGCAGCACUUUAGGCACCCCCGGUCUACAGUGUCCAAAGUGCAGCCUGAGGGCACGUGGCUGUGUUUCAGCAGUGAGUUUACAAGAAUAAAGUCAAAGUAUUAAGAGAAAAAAGUUUUACGAGAAUAACGUCACAGUAUUCUGAAGAAAAAUAACAUUGACAUUUUAGUAGCAUAAAGUUGAAAAAUGUAUUUUUAAAAAAGGCAGAAUAUUAUGAGCAAUAAACAAAAGAGAGAAUUAAGUUGUCAUUUUGGAAAAAUUAGGUUGGGAAAAUGUCAUAAUAUUAUGGGAAUGAAGUCAAAAUAUUUGGGGAAUGAAGUCUUCAUUAGGAGAAGAACAUUUACAAGAAGAAAGUUGAAUUUGGAAAAAAAAAUAGUUAUAGCAACAGCGGAAAUGGUAAAACAGCAGCAACUUUAUGAGAAUAAAGUCAAAACAUUAAAAGAAAAUGGUUGUAUUUUAGCAAGAAAAAAUGAGGAAAAACGUCAUUGUAGUAGCAUAAAGUUGAAAUCUUAAAGGAAAAAAAAAGACCUAAUAUUAUGGAAAACAAACAACAAUGAAUAAAGUGGUAAAUCUUGGAAAAAGAGCUUGGGGCAAAAGUUAUUAUUAUUAUUAUGAGAAAAGUCCUAAUUAUGAGAAGAAAAUGUAUAAAUUAAAAAAAAACCCAGCAGAAAUAGGGGGAAGAAAGCUGUAAUUGUACAAGAAUAAAAUGAAAAUAUGAAGAAAAAAUAUUUAAUCGAAUGAGAAAAGAAUAAUUUUAAUAAUUUUUACGAGGACAAGUGGCAUUCACCUAUAUCACACUGCUGAAAUGCUGUCAUUUUUCAUUAGAUAUACAGUAUAUGUGUGUGUGUGUGUUUUAUACAAAAUAUAAAAUUGGCCCUUGCGUCCUGUCAUUUUUCAGCGCGUGGCCCUCGGUGUAAAAAGUUUGGACACCCCUGGUCAGGAACAUGCAUUUAGGUCUGCAGCUCACUCAGCUGACCCCCUGAAAACUGACGCUUUACAACAGCAACACCUACUGGUCAUAGGAGGAAGGGCAGCAGCAGUGCAUCACUCUCACACAAUUCAGCGUUUAUUCGGUUUUAGAUAUUUUUGCUUAAAUGAAUACCAAGUGUGCCCAACUUAAAAUCAGUCAACGUAGCUCCUUCAAAAUAAGUAAGCCUGUUUGAAAAGCACGUAAAAAGAGGAAGCAUAUUUAUGAGCCUGUGACCUUACAUGUGGGAUUUUCUGAAAACAUAUACAGUACUACUAUAAUAAUUGAUAAAGGCCAAGAAAUGUUACAAAAUUAUUGAAAAUGAUCAACCAAACGAUGCUCGUGUGCUUUUAGGACCUUUGCACUGCCAAUAAAAAUGUUAGAAAUAAAUACACAAAUUCCUCAGACGGAAUCCAUUAUUAUUCUUUUAUUUUGUUACUUUUUUACAGUUUCGAAUGGUACGCAUAGAAAAACAUAUGUAUAGCAUAUGUGAGUUAAACAUGAACAGCCAAGAAUAAAAAGUAGAAAGUAUAAUGCACUGAUACGAAUAUUCUUGUUGGAUUGAUGUGUCAAAAGUGUGCGUUGUAUCCAAUAUUCCAAAUGACUACAAAAAACGUGAAAAGGGAAGUUGGCAGCUUCUGCAAAGUGCAUUUUACAGCCACAGUCCACAUAUGUACAGUAGUGUUGUGUAGUAGUGUCGGUAGAUAUGUUUACUUCCUUGUAGUGUCAUGUGGCUGAUUAAGACAUGUCAGUUUGUGUACAGUAACACUGAUCUUAUGAAAUAAAUGCACUUGAUAAACAGAUCCACAGUUGGAGCACAGCAGCAAUUUGCCAGUCACAACUGACUUAAGACAAUCCCAUUUGUAAUAUAAACUGACGUUAUAUUACUUUUGUUUAAAUGUCCCUAAAAUGUUUGGGACAAUGGAAUUAUGUUGGCGGAGACCAGUUUCACAACAGUUGUUGUGACGUCAUUGUAUUGUUUUUCAUGUUUUUCUAAUUUUGGAACUGUCUGUCUUUUUACCCUUUUUACACUGAAACAUUUUGUACAUUAAAGAUGCUAAAAAAAACAAUCCAAUGUGGGACAGUAUAUGCUGAGCUAACUGAACGAAGCAUCAACAUCUUAGCUUUGUGUUAUAGGUGACAAAGCAAAUGAGUGUAAUAUCUAAUAAUAUUUCUCGUUAAUAAUGCAUUAAAGGGACAGUGUUGUAUGAAGUUGUUCUGGUCAGAUCUCUGUGCUGAACAACGUAGUUCCGCUUCGUUGCUGAGGACGAUUAAGUAAAGAGUUUGGCUUCUCAAAACAAUAUGCAUUCAAAAGAUUAAUACAUUCGCAUGACAAAAAUGCCUUCUCCUACUUAAUUGUCCCCAGCAACUAAGCGGAACUACGUUCUUCAUCACACAAAUCUGACCAGAACUGGACUUAGGAGACCAAGUGGGGGGUAAGUCACUGUUAUUGGACUACAAUGCUGAUGGGGAUGUCAUACAACUUCAUGUCAAAAAUCCAAACUAUCCCUUUCAUUUUAUCUUUAGAAUAUGUCAAGGGCCGUUUAAAAAAAAAAAUUAGGCUAAAAAUCGCCCCUGGACCGCACUUUGGGCAUCCCUGCUGUAAUGUGUGCGUUUACCUAAUCUGAAAUGAUCUUUGUGUUACAUUUUGUGUGUCUUUGCACGGUUAUGUUAUAAAUGUGGUCAGUUUAAAGGUGUGUUCAGGACCACCCAGUAGGUAAAUUCAAAAUGUUGCUUCAAACCAUCAGCACGUUUUGCAUGCAUAUUACCAAUGAUCAGUGGUUUGCCAUCAGGGCCAGCAAAACCUUCUCUGCUGGCCAUAACACAGAAGCAUUAACCUACAUUUACAACAUAAAUUCUGGUAUUUGUUCCAUGAAAUUGUAUCAGUUUAUUCCCAGCAGUCUCUUAUCUUCAUUUUGUAGCGAGUCUCUGGGCUGUACUGCUUCCAGUGCGUGUAUAUGUUUGAUUUUAUUGUCCAAUCAGACUUCCGCUUGUAUGUGUUGCCAUAUCAAUCUAAGGGCCUUCAGAAUCAGUUGUUCUGGCCAAUGUCACUUAAACUUUAUUUGCAAUGGGGCUAUUUCUUUUUAAACAAUCAGAUUUCAGAUUUGCCUCACAGGGUCAGCAAACUGUCAUUUUUUAAUAGCAUUUUCCUGUCCUCCGAUUGGUUGAUCAGAGCAAAACUGUUAGACAAAUAGUCUUGAUCUGGAAAGGAUGAUGGAUUUUCUCUAUAAAAAAAAAACUCUGGUGAGUAUGAUGUAUUUUUUGCAUGUUUUUGUCAUGUUAUUCGAUAAAUAUUGAUUUUGAACUGCUCCAGAUGAUGUUGUAGUGUAGAUGUUUGGAGUUGUUACAUUGACGCUUGUUACAUUUGGCCAAAUGGCCAUUUGGCGUAAUGCUCAAAGUUACCAGCAGAAAUAUAAAUUGCGCGUAUCGGUGACGAUGUAUUGGAAAAUAAAGGGUUAACUGGGUUUCAUUCUUUAGUAAUAAUCUCCAAUAAGCAAACGUCUCUUUGUAAUGCCACACCUUAUAUUGUGUUUUUCUAUAUUAUUGAUGGUUUGUAUAAUUGUGACGUGAUAGUGGUGGUAAAAGGUGGAUUAAGUUGACUAAGUCCCUACUGAAGGCCCAGGUACCUAAUGCACUGCCAAUGAUGCCCGAUAUUUGGGAAUAGUUUUAGAGCUCCAAUAGGCGUGCAAAUUGUUACUGCUAUUACUUUUGUCAUUUUAUGCCGUUAUUCUAUGCAAAUUAAAUUGAAUUUGCUCAUUUUUGUUAGUUAAUGUUACCUUUUUUAAAUACAAAUUUCAGAAGUAGAUCAAACUUCACAUACUGUAGAAAGGUCAUAUAAAAGGUUAGAAGGGGUUCCUAGACAAUGAAAAUAUUAAGACAUACAGUUACUGUAUAAUUUGUAGUUGAUGUUCAUAUCAAUUAUAUUGUAAUGUUGGUGGGCUGAUGCUCAACAGGAACACGGUGCUCGUGUUAAUGUAAAAAUAGACCUGUUGCCACAAAAACAACAAUGUUCUUGUGUGUGCCGUCCCUGAUUGAUGUGUGAAGCAGUUUGCCCACACACACAAAGUAUCUCGGUGAAUAAAAUUCCUCCCCUCACUCAUCUCCCCCUCUCUCUUCUCGAGUAAUGAAUAGCAGCUUUGUUUUCAGCUGUCAGCAUAGAUUAGAUGGUGCUGCUAAACCAACGUCAUGGUGGACUAAUGGAAGUGAGCAGCCCCAAAGAAGAUGCACCGCCACUGUCGUCAU